CAGCGUCACUUCCGGGAUCCGCCCCGCCCCGUGAUGGCGGCCGGGGACGGCGGGAAGGCUGCGGUUCCGGCUGCCAAAUUGCCCCGGGCUGAGUCCUCCCACGUUGUAGCUGUUAGUGCGCCGUGCACAGUUUGUAGGCUCUUAAAAACAGGCUGUGGGCAGCGAAAUAGCACGAGGAACACUCGAAGGUAAAGCUCAUCGCAGGCAGGAAUCGGGCUACGGGGGCAGCGACGCGAGGCUGCUCGGAUCGCGGUGCGAAGCGUUCCCUUCCUCGGGGCUGCGGUAGGCGGGGCAGAUCGCGAAGGCAUCGUCCUCAGCUCCUUUCCAGACAUCAGCACGAGACCAACUGCUGCCAAUGAGCGGCACGGCCACGCGCCUCCUGCAGCCUGCGAGGCACGGCUCGGCUGCGUGGCUGAGCAGCAGCUCCACGCGCUGUGCGAGGCCCCCGAGACUUGUGCUGGGCAUCGAAACCAGCUGCGAUGACACGGGCGCGGCGGUGCUGGACGAGGCGGGCAGGGUGCUGGGAGAAGCGCUGCAGAGCCAAAAGGAGGUGCACCUGAAAGCAGGUGGAAUAAUUCCUCAUGUAGCACAACAGCUUCACAGAGAAAACAUCCAGCAAGUAGUAAAGGAAGCGCUUAGUGCCAGCGGAGUUUCUGUAGAUGAACUUGCUGCUAUUGCAACUACAGUGAAACCAGGACUUGCGCUGAGCCUGGAGGUGGGACUGCAGUACAGCUUACAGCUGGUGGACAGGUACCAGAAGCCUUUCAUACCCAUUCAUCACAUGGAGGCUCACGCACUUACCAUCAGACUGACAGAGCAAGUGGAAUUUCCCUUCUUAGUUCUUUUACUCUCCGGAGGUCACUGCAUCUUGGCAGUAGCACGAGGAGUUUCAGAUUUCCUUCUGCUUGGACAGACCAUAGAUAUAGCACCAGGUGACAUGCUGGAUAAGGUAGCAAGAAGGCUCUCUUUAAUAAAGCACCCAGAGUGCCACGGCAUGGCUGGGGGGAAGGCAAUCGAGCACCUAGCUCAAACUGGAGACUGGCAAAGGUACACAUUCAGACUUCCCAUGCAGCAGUAUCGUAACUGUCAUUUUUCUUUUUCUGGACUUCAGAGCCUUGUCAACAAAUCCAUUAUUCAGAAAGAAAAAGAAGAAGGUAUUCAAGAGGGUGAACUCCUGUCCUGCGUUAAGGACAUUGCUGCAGCUGUACAGCAUGUAGUGGCUGCUCAUAUUAUCCAGCGGACACACCGAGCCAUGCUUUUCUGCUUAAAAAAUAGCAUUUUACUACCAAAAACUGCAACUCUGGUCGUAUCAGGAGGGGUUGCAAGUAAUCAGUAUAUCAGAAAAGGCCUGCAAACUCUGGCAAGUGCAAAUGGUUUUGCUUUUCUGUCUCCUCCUCCAAGACUGUGCACUGAUAACGGUGUUAUGAUUGCGUGGAAUGGCAUUGAAAGGUUGCACGCAGGAUGUGGUGUUUUGUACAGUACUGAUGGCAUCCGCUAUGAACCAAAAGCUCCCCUUGGAAUUGAUAUUUCAAGAAGAGUUGAAGAGGAUUCCAUCAAAGUGCCAAGACUAAAGAAGAUACAAUGGUCAGCAUGUUAAGCACAUGAGUAAUACAAGAAAUGCAGCUAAAACUUGUUCACUGCAACAGCAUUGAGACAGUUUUCAUGUACUGACUUUGUGUGGCUUACAAGUGUUGAAAUAACCCCACCAGAGAAAUAAAAACAUCUCCACGUGGUAGCUGUGCCAAUA